AAAACCUGACCUCGAACCUUCACUGUACUCCGAGUCUGGGAUAACAUCGGACAUGGAUCACGUAGUCAUGGAUCAGCAGCACAGUAACGGUGAUGUCCAGACGUCUGCGUCCGACAGUCUGGAGUUCAAACUCCUCAUGGCAUACACUCGUAAGAGACGACCCGCUGACACCCUCCUGAAGCAGGACGUCCCGUCUUCACCACAGCCGGCUGAAGAUCACAGCAAACCAAAGAAAAAUAAAAGACACAGGAGACUGGCUUUCCUCUUAAAGUGUAUUAAACCACAGAAAGAUGAACCAGCAAACUUAAAGCAGCCAGCGACACUAGCGCGUUCAGAUGAUGGGGAAGUGGAUGAGAUGGAGAACAUGGUCAGUGCACUGACCGAGAUAUCAGACUCGGUGCACUUUACUCCAUCUGACAUAGAACCAGACUCUGAUGAUGUUGUGGAAAAGCUGGUGGAGCUCCUCAGAGAACAUGGCGAUAAACUGGACAGAAAGAUUAAGGAAGACAAGGUGUUACAUGAGAAGCUGCAGUCCUCUCUCACAUACGGCUUCUUCAAGAAAGUGAUGGAAGCUUUCUGUGGAAGUGUCUCUCCAGAUGUGCCUCCAGAGCAGAAAGACAAGAAAGUAAAUGUGGCUCUGGUCUGUGAAGCCACCAGUCAGCUUGUUGGCCUCCACUACCAUCCAAUGACCCAAGUGCUGGGCUUAGGUGCCCAGUAUCUACAGGACAAAUACUCCACGUGGAUAAACAAAAACAUGCAUGCAGGCAAUGGAGAAGUUGAUGAUGAAUCCAAAGAGGAAGUCCAGUGAGCAGAAGAGAUCCUCUCCACACAUUACAAAACUUUCUCAGGUGCACAGGCACUUUAUUAACCCGAAAAAAGUGAUUUAUUUUUUUACAGUGAACCAGCAGGGAUAAAGCUUGUUUUUGUUCCUCUCAUAACAUCCAUGAGAGAAAAAGAGGUAGUUCAAAGCACAUGUACACCAUACCUCAUUGAAAGUGCUACGGUUACUGCCUCAAAGCAUUGCACCAAAAAUACAUGUUCUAUGAAAACCAGCAUUAUGUGUUUACAUGUUUAGCUCCACUUGUAAACUAUUUUUGUAAUUGAAUGAGAUUAAUGUUAUUGAUUUUUGGCCUUUUGUUAAAUCUGUACUUCUGUUUUGAAAUUAACGUUAUUUAUUUUCUUUAUCACUGAUUGUUACAGUGAUUGUUUAAAAAA